UCUUCUUCUUUAUUCUCUAGGGAAGGAAGGAAGGAAGAUGUACAACCGACGCCUUUGACCUAUUACUACUACUACUACAAGUCUACAACUGACGCUUUUGGAUCUCUUCUCCACAGAAGGAGGGCGGUUAGCAAGAGAAGAGAGGGACGCAUAUAUAGAUCGCGUUUUCUUCUCCCAAUAGCAGGCGGAAAAGGGAUCUCACAAAGUCUCGAUUUUGACUUUUUCUUCUCUCAAAAGAACGGCACAGACUCGCCGGAAGCACUAGGAACUCAUCUGCGUGAAGAAGAAGAAGUCAACCUGUUUUGAUCUUUAAGACUUCCAAAGCUUUGGUCGCCAAAUUCUUGAGGAUAAGUAUGGAUUUUCAGAAGAAGAGAGUGCAACUGUUACUCUUCAUCAUUGGCGUUGUCUCUCUCAGUAUGGUUGCUGAUAAAUGUAGGCAUCUGGUUGGUGAGGAGGCUUCUUCAACGAGUGGGAAAUUCACAAUCUUUGACUGCUUAGACGGAUCUACAGGGAGUCUGGCAUGUGCAGUGAAGGAGAGCGUAAAAAUCUACUUCUACAACAUAAGGUCGUCCCAUGUGGAGAGAUCGCGACACGAAGCAAUUGAAAAGGCACUUAUAGAAGCUCUAAGCCAAGGGCUAAUUGCACAGGAAGCAGCCAAACAAGCACAGAAGGAAGGCGCAAAAGCAGCAAAGCUAGCGACGCGUAAAGCCAAACGCAUCAUAGGCCCCAUCAUUUCUUCUGGAUGGGAUUUUUUUGAAGCACUAUAUUAUGGGGGUACUGUAGCCGAAGGACUCCUUAGGGGUAGCGGUACGUUGGUUGGUGCUUAUGCGGGCGGGUACAUAGGAGAGCAAAAAUUUGGGCGGGUCGGGUAUUUGGUUGGAAGUGAAUUUGGAGGCUGGGUUGGAGGAAGGAUUGGAUUGAUGGUGUAUGAUGUUGUGAAUGGAGUUCAUUUCUUGCUUCAAUUUGGUGAAGCUGAUGGUGAUGGUCUUAAAAAUCUCCAAGAAGAAGAAGAAGAAGAAAUUAAAGAUAAUAAUGAUUUGGAGUCAACAACAACAACUGAUGCUGCUUCUUUUGAAAGUGCUGAAGAGGAAACAACAACUGAUGCUGCUUCUUUUGAAAGUGCUGAAGAGGAAACAACAACAGUUUAUGAAAAUUAUGAUGAAACGGAGUCUUAUGAAUCUCCUACUCCUCCUACAUAUGAAAGCCGCGAAGAUCUUUGAUUAUUAUUAUUAUUAUUAUUAAUUAGAUUGUAUUGCUGCUAACUGCAUGUAGUGUUGUAUCAUACAUACAUACACUUACUUGAAUUGUUCCUACACCUAUUAGAGUUUGUUUGAUUGA